AUGACCACCGCGCGCGAUUCGAAUUCGCGGCUUCGUCAAACGCUGAACCCAUUGCUGACAACAUCACUGGGGGGGUCUUAUAAUAGCACUAAUCUGCUGGACACACCAUACUCUGCGGUGUCGGUAUCGUCGCCGUAUGGGUACUCAUCCAGUCUCACACCAGCAAGUUCGAUUCAGCCAUACAACCCACGGGAAUGGGGCCUUUCGCCGGCCCCAGUAUCCGAGCGGAAUCAGCAGUUCCCUUCCCCUUCGCCCUAUCAGGAUUCACAGGUUUCGCCUGUGCCGCCGCCGCCGCCGCCAUACUCUCCGCCACGGAGUCAACGGCCUGUGAGCACGGCCUUUGAGACACCCCCAGCGAAUAUCUCUGCCGCACGGAUACCCCCGACAAGUUCUCUCAGGCCGUCCCCUGAGCCUCAGAGUAACCAGAACUUCCCACCACCGCCCAAUACCGGUGGACGUGGUGCCUCUCGCGAGCGGCGAUUUGGACUGCCAUCACUCGGGAGGCGGAGGGACGCAACAGAGUCUAUGACUCCGCCUGAUUCGCAGUCUCGUCCCUCAAUAUCUAGGCCUCAGACUCUAGCAAUACAAAUCCCAACGCCGUUACCACCCAACUCUAGAAGAGCUGCAUCGGCCAGCGCAAUUGACACGCCAGUUUCAGCUAGAUCACGUUCAGCAUCGCAAACGCAAUGGGCGCCAGGGAUGCCUCUGCCUCCUCCACCUCCAGGCCCUCCUCCGUCAAAUUCCCGGUCUCAAAGUCUGAGUAGAACAACUGAACCGGUCGCAUCUCCGCCAACAAGACGCCCACCCCCGGGCGGCGUGACGGCAUUAGGGCCGGUUCCUCCAACACCUGCAGAUUGGGUUGAAGAGGAACGUUAUGAAAGAGGCAGAUCACCUCAGUCCCUAACCAUUGACACAACCAACGUUGCCAGCAGUAGCUCACAUGCACCUCCGGAGUCUUCAUCUGAGUCAGGGUCUGCUGGUGGAAAUCUAACAAGAGCAGGGGCUUUAAGGAUGGAGAAAACGCUACGCGAAAGGCGCACCGAGAGCCGAACACGGCACAGCAGGGUAGAUUGUAAUGCCGGCAUUCAGCCUUUAUCAGACAUUCUCGUGCCUCAGGGCGGCGGCGGCUUGACGCGGCGGUUCUCUGUUCACAAGGGAACACCACGGAGUGCUGGUAGACCAGCUCCAGAUUCACCGUGGUCGGGUGGCCAGCACCUUGAUCCGAAUCUGGAUUCGAGGAACUCUACACCACGUCAGUCCUCGGGCUCUCACCCUGAGACGCCCACACCUCCCUUCUCCCCUCACCCACAGAAAGGAUACCCUAUAACGGAACAUGGAAUACCGAUCGCUCCUAAAUCACUACCCACGCCGCCACCCCAAAGUCGAUCCGCUUCAAGCAUGAGCAUCUCGCGGACCGACAUGCACAGCUCAACCGGUAGCCUGAUGCCGGGGCCCCCUUCUUGCUCACCUAUUACUAAACAGACCGUUAUCAGCCAAUCAGCCGAGCAGUUCUGCAAGGGCACUAUCGAACGUCUCCAGUCAUUCGCCAAGAAGGAAGCUGCAGCGUCGACGGAUGCCGAUCGUGUCAAGCUCUUUGCCGAUUUCAUUGUCAAUGAGUCCAGGGUCCGGCGAGAGAGGUACAACUCAGCCAUCGGCGCUAUGGGCUCUGAGAUCUUUGAUCUUACACGAGACCUGUUCCGCCCGAUGGCCGUGAGGCGAGAUUCAUCUACCUCGCAGGGUAGUGAGUGGACGCCACAAAUGUCAGAGACAAAGUCGCAUCGGAACUCGAUCAGCUCAAUCGUGGGCAGAGAGCCAAUUCAGCAGUCCAACUCGGCGCCUGCAUCAGCGGGCAUUCCAGUGUCCCCUGUAGGCGGACCCCCAACCAACGUUAACUGGACAUCAAAUAACUACAAACCUGCCUUGUCACCAAUUCUCAGCAUGAGCGUCAGUGAACAGCCAGAUGAAGCGGACUCUCGUGGUCGUCCGGCUAGUAGGUGGUGGGAAGCAGACUCGGCUGGAGAGGCGUCGACUCGAUUGGAAAGAUCAAAGCGGGAAUCCAAGUACAUGGGCGUACCCAAAGAGGCUCGAGAAGCACUACAGUGGAGGGACCCGCCGAACGGCAACGGCGCAGAUGCCCAAGCCGCAAGUUCCAGCAGACGUGAGCCAUCUGACGAAUACCCGCCAGAAAAGGUUGGCUGGCACGAGUCGGAACCAUCUAUCACGCCCCAACUAUUUCGAAAUUCGCUGUUAACGUUACCUGCAUCGACGCCGAAUACGCCGAGUCCAUCUCAUCUGGAUGUAUCACGCUUAGUGACGCUGCCUCCACCAUAUCCACGGCACCACCCAGCCGUCAACAAUAACCACCCAGAACUCACCGACAUUCGAACCCUCGUAAGAUCGAUUAGCGACAUGAGAGAGAUCCAAGAGACCAAAGCACGGUUCACGCAAGAAAGCCAAAAAAUGCGCGCCGAGGCCACAGAAGACUCGAGAGAACGUUGCCAAGCUCUUCGCGUCAACUUGCAGCAGGAAAUCAGCUCCGGGGCCAUGUCUUACGCGGAAGCGGCAACGAUUGAAGCCGACUACCGCGAAAGCGAGAAAGCGCAAUCCAAAGACUUGGAGAAGAAGGACUUUGAACGCUUCCAGAACGUCGUCGUGAUGCCGCUGAACGAUCUGCUAACCGGGCGUAUAUCCCAAGCCACAUCCCUCUUCGACGAGCUGCGAUCCCGUCUGUUUACUGAAACGCAAGCAUCCAACCCCAACAUGCCGCAGGAGGAAGGCGACGAGCAGCCCGAGCUCCUUGAGAAGCUCACCCUCCUGAAGUGGAUCUUCGAGGCGCGCGAGAUGCUUCACCGCGAGAUCUACGACCUCCUCAGCGACCGCAACGAUCGGUACAAGGAGAUGGUGAUCAUGCCGUAUCGACUGUCGGGUAACGAGGAGAAGAUUCGCAACGCCGAGGGCUUCUUUGCCGAGGACGCCCAAAAACGACGUGCGGCGUUUGCCAACGAGGUGCUACAGCGCACGCGCGAGUUCCGCGGCGUCGUGGAGGAGAACGUCGAGCGCGGGGUUGACAUGCAGCUCAAUGCGUUUUGGGACAUUGCCCCGCCGCUGAAGCGCCUGCUCGACAAGAUCCCGCUCGAUCUAGAGCGGUUUCGCAUACAUGUUCCCCCCGCCGAGUACGAGGAGAACCCGGAUUACCACCAGCAUCCGCUGCAGUACUUAUUUUCGCUUCUGCUGCAUGCUGAGAAGAGCACGUAUCAGUUUAUCGAGAGUCAGACGAACUUGUUGUGCUUGCUGCAUGAGGUCAAGGAGGCGGUCAUGGGGGCGCGGGCCAAGGUCAGCGAGGCCGAGGGCUGCGAAUCAAGGAUUGUGGAGGAGGAGCGGAAGAGGGAGCAGGACCGUUUGACGGAUGAUUUGAAGGAGAAAGUGAGGGUUGUGCAGGAUCAGUGGGAGGGCGCAUUGGGAGAUGGGAUGAGGGGGGUUAAGGAAAGGGUGGGGGAAUGGUUAUUGAGUACGGGUGGGUGGGAUGAGAGCCUGGAGGAUAGAGGUGUUGGUGGUGCUUGA